AUGGGAGACAAUGAUUGCAGUCAAUUCAAUAUUUCCUGUGACUGUCACUAUCAAUAUCAAUAUUAUGAUUACGAGGAUCGAGUUGUAUUGGGUCUUCUCGCUCUUCCCAUCAUGGCCUUCGGGAUUUGCGCAAAUUUGACAAGCGUUCGAAUCUUCACACAUAGACUAAUGUCAACAUCAUCGAUCAAUUGGUAUCUCGCGGCAAUGUCCGCAUCGGAUACGAUCAUUUUGAUCGCCUCUUUUUGUGUGUUGAGUAUGCCGAGGCUGGGCGAAUACUUGUUGACAUGGAAUGCGGCGUAUUGGAGUUACAUGAUAGCUCCGAUCAUGUUCGGUUUGAUGACAAUGGGACAGACAAUGAGUGUUUAUUUGACAGUUGGUGUCUCUGUUCAUCGAUAUAUUGGUGUCUGUCAUCCAUAUAAAGCAACACAACUAUUGCCUAAAAGUUUAGUUGCUCAUUUCAUACUCGGGAUCAUCAUCUUUUCGAUUCUUUUUAAUAUCAGUCGCUUUUUCGAGGUACGUGUCUCAAAUGUAUGCUAUCGAAUCAAUAUCAAUUACUAUAUGCCACAUUUGAUGAUGACUGAAUUGAGACACAAUGAAACGUACUUAAUGAUUUUCCAUGGAUGGGCUCUGACAAUCCUCAUGUUCGUUGUUCCAUUCACUCUUUUGAUCGGUUUCAACUCGAUGGUUCUCCACGCUGUGAGGAAAAGUCGACGAGCACAUAUGUGUGGUGGUGAAAGUGAUGAGAUGUCAAGGAAAGCUGAAAGGAAAGAACGACAGACUUCAAUCAUGCUGGUAGCCGUCGUGAUCCUUUUCAUCUCUUGUAACUCAUUGGCUUUCAUUUGCAACAUGAUGGAGAAUCUCGGUUUCAAGGAUUUCUCUGCGCUUGUCACCGCUAACAAUAUGACGGUGAUCAUCAACGCUUCAGUGAACAUCUUCAUCUAUAUGUUAUUCUCGGAGAAAUAUCGGCUUCUAUUGCGACAUUAUUUAUGCUGUGACUGGAGUCGCCAAGGGGAAAUGCUUCUCAAUUCGGUUAUGGCU